CAAAUGUCAUUGCUGGCGUCUUUAGUGCUGCGUCUAGCACUUAGGUAGCUAUUAGGUUGGUCGCGGGGCGGUAAGACCUGCCUAAGUAUUCACCUCAAAGGCCUAUAACAUCUCCCAUUCAUGUUACGUACCGGAUUGUACAAAGCUGCAGAGGAGCUGGUCUGAGCAUCGUGACCUUCCACGCCGCAUCCGGCCAGACGACACAUUCCCACCACACCGCAAGCAAAGCACACAUCAUUCACCCACCAUGGCGGCGUCCCAAGCAGAUUACAAGGACCGACAAUUCCUGGCCGUCAUUGGGGACGAGGAUUCAGUAACGGGCCUGCUGUUGGCCGGCAUAGGCCACGUCACAAACCCGCCCGAUUCGCAGAAGAACUUCCUCGUAGUCGACAACAAGACAGAGACGUCCGCAAUCGAAGCCGCCUUCGACAGCUUCACGACGCAGCGCAAGGACAUAGGCAUCGUGCUGAUCAACCAACACGUCGCCGAUAAAAUCAGAUACCGCAUCGACACCUACACGGCCGCUUUCCCCACGAUCCUCGAGAUCCCCAGCAAAGAGCACCCGUAUGACCCGGAAAAGGACAGCGUGCUGAGGAGAGUGCGGCGUCUGUUCGGAGAAUAGAGGAUAGAAUGGACAGUGUGGAUGGGGGAAUAGAAAUUAUUAUCGAAGAACUUGUAUUGCCAAGUUACUAAAGGGAUGUGCGGCUUCAUAAUCGUCGGGAGAACAAAAUUGUCUGUGUUCGACGUUGUUGCAUUGUUGAUAGAUGACCUCAGGUGUAGUCCAUAAUCAUCCACCCUUGGUCCGGAACGGAUCAGGUGAUGUACACGAUUCAUUGAAUUCCAUAGAACUAUGACACUCCUCCAUCUAGUGAAUUCAAAUAUAUAGUAGAUUACUCAGUUACGCAAGU